GUAUUUGUUUUCUCAGAAUUUUUUUUGUCUUAGAGCCGAUUGUUUUUUCUUUGGCGGAAUAGUAGGAACCCUCAACAACAGGUUGGCGGAGAGUAUGAACAACACUAUCAGAACAAAAUACAAAAGAAAAAAGAAAAGAAAACAGUAAUAGCAAGUAUGACACUUUUCUGACAUAAUGUAUCGAUUGGCAACUUUUCGAAAGGCGCAGUAUCCAUUAAAUUGGAGACUCAGUUUUAUAGAAUUACAAGUUGCUGGCUUUUCGUACGAGAGAUCGGUCAGCAGAGUCGUCUGCGAAUUCUGUAAUUCCUCACGAGCCUUAGCUGCCUUUCAUUCAGACCCUACAAGCCCAGAGUACCACAACAAUGGCUGCAGGUUUAUCUCUGGCCCUGAUGCACGUCAUGAUGAGACCGCAGUGGGGGCCGCGGCGUCUAAUGAUGGCCCGGAGCUACGCUCUCUCACCGCUGAAAGGGGACAGCGUGUUGCUGAAAUAAGAGUAACCUCUAAUGUCCACCCACUUUACAAAACAUAUAAAAAAAGAAAGCAGUCUUUCAGUGAGGUCAGUCGACAAUUGAAAGAUAUACAUCUGUUGGCAUCGUAUGGAUUUUUCUAUGGAGGAGCAGGUAAUAAAAUCUAUUGCUUCUGCUGCGGGCUCUAUUUGAGGCACAGAACUACUGCUGAGCAAGUUUUCCAGCAGCAUCAACAUCAAAAACCGCAGUGUCGCUUUUUCCAGAGCCGCAGAAAUAAUGAAUGGCCUCCUGAAGAAGAGAAUGAUGCCGGCACAUUUCUGGGCAGAUGGUCCACUUUCAGCAACGCUGAGGGUUCCAACCUCUUCUCAUCACAUCUGCUCCCGAGUGUACUGGCUCGCUCUGGUUAUUCCUACACGGCGAGGUCAAACGGACAAACCCAUUGGAUCACCCACAGCUGUGGAUAUAAAAGAACGUUGAACAAUAUUGAGCAGGACCCCAACUGCCCAUAUUGUGACGAGGUUCAGUAUCAGGAGGAAUACGGUGAAGAAUCAGAUUUCGUCGCUGUGCCUGCGAGCCAGCAAAGCCUCCGUCUAGUCGCACAAUCCCAGGAUGCAAUAACAUACAGCCACACAUCAAACCCUCUGGCAGCAACAAGAAUCACGGACUCACAACGAGAUGAUCCUGACCUACUGGAUGCUCACUCGAGUGUUAGUGUGUUAGAAUCAUACAGUGCCCCAGAUCGUGAGUCGUCUGACACUGCAAGACGUGACGACCUGCUUCCUGCCAGCACCGUGUCACGGCCAAACAUGGCGAACUCAGGCCCACAAGCACCUGAACCAGCACUAGCCGUGGGUGAGGUUUUGCACAACGGGGUGACCCAAACUCUGCCAGGCAAGAAACCCGCACGAGAACCAAAACGGAACAGUUCUAGGGCGAAUCAGACUAAAUGUGCAGUUUGCAACAAGGCGCCCAUCACCAUUAUGUUUGAGCCAUGCCGCCAUCUGUGUGUUUGCUCAAUAUGUUCACCUAAUGUUUCUGAAUGUCCAGCGUGUCAAAAACCCAUUGAGCGGAAAGCUGAAAGAAACUAAUAGCGUACACAAAAAUUGUCCUUUUCUAGAGCGGUAUUUUUUGAUAAAUAAAAUGUUGGUUUAGAUGUAAAUACUACAUCUUGUUCCAGACGGUCGCCAAUAUUAAAUUUAGUUUCUUUCUAUUUGUUACUUUUCUUUACUGUUGCUCCAACACCGUUCUAUCGGGUGAGAUUGAACAUAUCUAAUUCCAUCGAGGCAUUAAUUAUUUACUUCCCUGCAGUUUUUAGGCAUUAGAUUUUCAUGCCUGCAGGUUUAAGGCAUUCGAAUUUUUUUUUAUCUCUGCAGCUUA